AUGGUGGGCACAGAAAGUAACUCCACAGCCCCGAAAAAGGAGGCUCAGAAGAAGAAGUGGAGGUCCCGGCCACACGGCCUGCCCUCCCCAGCUCUGUGCUGUGCAUGUGGCCUUUGCAUCAUGUUGGCUGGGCUCAACAUCACCCUGGUGGGUGCGUUUGCCUUCAGCACACUGGUGCCUUCUGCCAAUCCGCCAAUCAUUAUCGGACCCAUCCUUCUGGUUGUGGCCUUCUCGUUCUUUGGGGCAUGCUGUGUGUGUAGCCGCCUGCCCCCUCCACACAGCUCACGUCACUCUAAUGUGGGUGGCAGGGGUACAGGAUUAAUGGGACAUGGGGGCCUGGCUGGAGGAGCAAUCUUUGAGAUAGAGACAAGUGAGCACACGCUGCAGGACACCACAGCUGUACAGCUCAGCCCCACAUCGUCCCGUGGAUCCUCUCAGAUGUCCAGUCCAGAAAAAGUUCUCGAGAAUCAGGCCGGAGCAGGGACGUGCAAUCUCUUCACCAUGGAGGCCAACGGUCCCUCCUCUCUGUCCGGUGCUGCGGUGUUCUCAGCCUCCUCAGCUGGUGGAGGAGAGGUCCGACUCAAUCUGCCAUGUGAACGUGUGGGCACCUAG